AUGCCUUCCUUCUUACAUGCUAGCGAUAGGCGCUGCGCCGAGUUCAUCAUGCACCCCGAUGCGCACCGUGUGCGUCUUCCAAGCGGUUCCGAGCUCUACUUCACACUACCAAUCCACUUGGACACCCAACAACCCAUGCCGCCCCAAGAUCUCGAAGCGCUUGCUGCAUACCUAGAGCGGACUCCACCACACCCCUCAGAAGGACCAAGCGGUCCCACUCACCAGAAUAACCUCGAAGUGCGAAGUCUCAUCAGCGACUGGCUCCAAGGCUCCCAGUACCUCGACGACUUGGAGAUGUACGCGUGGGAGUCUGGUCAUGGCUUUCCGAUAUUUGAUGAAUUCGGCAUGCCAGUUGACUUCCAGUGGGUGUGGGAUGUUAUCGCUUUUGAGGGAGGUGAGGAGUUGGUCUCCCGUUAUGUCGAAUAUAUCAACGAUUCUGCUGAGCUGCACGCACAAGCUCAUGCCGAAGACCAUCAUGAGUCCGCUCCCACAGACCCUGCUACUCGCGUAUCUCACAUGCCUCCUCCCGGUUCUCCGCUCGAGCAACCUCAACAUCACCGCUUCGGCCGGUUCCGUGUGGCAACCCAGUCCGACGGACCCGUCUCCGUAGGUGGAGCUGACUUUGCAAACAUGGACGAUUGUCUGGCAUUCCUGGAUACCCUUACCGACAUCGAAGCGAAGUUGCUCAGUAAGAAUAUCAUACAGUUGGAAGGCGAUAGCUCCACUGGGUUGCGCAUGGUACCUGGACCGAAUGCGAAAUUUCUCCCUGAGCGAGCUUCGCAGGCUAAGAAGGAACCUGUCCAAAUUCACGCGUCUCCGGCUGACCAUCGAAUCCGUCAUGUGCAUGUCCAACAAGCAGACCUACAACCUGCUCAGAUCCAAACCAUCGCAGCUAAUCCUCCAAGCCGUAAUAUAAUCAUUCGCCAAGAAGACCAAGGACCACAACCCAUUGUUUUCCUUCACAAGAACCCCGUCAAACAAGAAAAGAAGCCCAUCCAAGAGCAGAAAUUAACCUUCAAACGCGUAGCAUCACCACCUAAGCAGACCGUCGCCGCCGAGCUCGACCCCUUCCGCUUCUACGGCCGGGAACUUACACACGAAGCACGAAACCAAGCUGCCAACGACCAGAGGCUGAUCGAAGAGCUUCAAAGCCUAUGGAAUGAGUCCCAAAAUCUAGCCGAUAAUUACCACCAAGUUUCCGGCACGCCCCCUACUUGGCAUGCCAAAGAUCCACGGAAGGCCUAUAACAAGGUAGUAACAAUUGAUCUGCGCGGGCAGGACGCACCCGGAUUCCGACCUCUAUUCCCGCUCUCCGACGUGAAGCCUUCCAAGGAGUCCACUCUCGCUCACAAGUCUACCCCCGCACCCAAGACCGCCCACUUCAUCUCUGCAGAUGCGCGUCGCAAAGUCUUCGGCGCCGAACCAAGUGCUCAUCGCAGUGUGUCUUUCCAAGAGCCUACUCGUCUGCCCAUGCGCCCGAGGGUGACUGGUAUAUCUCCAAGCCACGGUGCUGUUGUCGACGACCCGGCGCACCGUAUGUGUGGAACAAAUGCGCAUCAGGCGCGUGCGGAGGAUAGCCCAGAAGAUUCGCCGAGGCCAGCUUCCGGUGGUUCGUGGAUGGAUGUUUUUGAAGAGUUGAUGUCUUGA